AUCAGGUUCCGUAGUCAAUUCGCUUUGAUUUUUUCGCACUGCCCUCAAAUGCAAGCGAGCAGCGCUACGUAUACGGCGUACAGCUCCCAUACGAUACAAUAGUGCGAUCCGAAAGAAUUCGAUCCGUUUCCGUUUGUCAGUGCCUAGAAAGCCGUCGCACUGGCAGAGACCAUUAACCGAAUUGAUCUAAGUGGGAAGAGCCAAGGAAUAACUAAGUGAAAAUGUGCCCGAAGUGCGAAAUGCUAUCAAUUAAACAGUAGAAAACAAGGACGAGUGACCACACCCGGAGGUGGAAGAAAGCCGUGUCCUCCGCCGGACAGUGUCCGGCUGUCAGUUGGUCAAACAGUUCAUCAAUAAACUAUUCGACUUCCGUUUCAUUGCGUGUCCCUAAUCUGUGCAUGUCUGCGUGUCGCUGUGUCUGUGUGAGUGCGAUUGUGUGUGUGCCAGCUGUGCGUGUUUGUGUGUGUGUGUGUGGAAGCUAAGGAAACUUUUCAACUUCCGGCCAAGUGACUUGGAUUUAAUUUCUUUGGCUUUUUUAUGGUCAAGGCAUUUAAUUAAUUUUACUAUGGCAAUUUGAUCGUCUGCUGGCCUGAACUCUGACCCCAGCCCAUAACCCUGUGGCAUACACAAAGCAAGGAGGGGAAAAAAGGACGAGCGGUAGGAGGAGCCAGCCACACCCAUUUCCACCGAACAAUUGAGAUGUAAUUUGCACCGCAGGUGAACUUCAACUUCCACGUUCUGUGAUAGACGAGUAUACGAGCAGGAACUCCCAUUGGGAUUCCGCCACCAUCAGUCGAUAUCGAUUCCCGAUUCAAUCAAAUUGGAUCCCGAAUCUUAACUUUCGGAGCAGCAAUCAGAAACAGCGACAAACUGUCGACUCUGUCGAUCCGCAACUUCUCGGCAAACAUGCUGAACAAUCUUGGGGCCAAUGUGCUGGGCCCCAAGGAUUGUGAUCUGCCCAAGGCCGCGCUGACAGCACUGCACGCGGGCGUCAAUAGUUUUGGCCAACUGCCUGUGGGCCCCAACUUGGCCGAUCUUGGCGGCGGAGCGGGAGGCGGUGGAUCCUCCGGCGGAGUGCCAGUGGGCGGGGGCGUGGCACGCCUGCACAUUUCCGGCGGACUGUGCGACAAUUCCAAUGCGCUGAACGGCGGAAACGGAAGCAGUGGCAACGGAAACGGCAACAACAACAACAACGGCAACGGCAACAACAACAACAGCAUGCAGCAACAGGAUCAGCACCUGGACAAAAACAAGCAGAAGCGACACCGCACCCGCUUCACGCCCGCCCAGCUGAACGAGCUGGAGCGCUGCUUCUCGAAGACCCACUAUCCGGAUAUCUUCAUGCGCGAGGAGAUCGCCAUGCGGAUCGGCCUCACCGAGUCCCGCGUCCAGGUCUGGUUCCAGAACCGCCGUGCCAAGUGGAAGAAGCGCAAGAAGACCACCAACGUCUUCCGCACGCCGGGCGCCCUGCUGCCCUCCCAUGGACUUCCGCCGUUUGGGGCCAAUAUAACCAAUAUCGCCAUGGGCGAUGGUCUCUGUGGCACGGGAAUGUUUGGCGGAGAUCGCUGGAGCGUGGGUGUCAACCCGAUGACGGCAGGCUUUGGCCAGCUGAACAGUGGCCAGUCGCCACUCUCGUCCUCGCUAAACAGCGGCCUAAACUCGGGCAUUAACAUGGGUUCCGCCUUGGGAGCGGGCAGCUAUCAGCACUACGGUCUGAAUGCUCUAGGCGACUCCAUGAUGUACCAGCACAGUGUGGGCGGGGUCAGUUGUGGGCCCAGUGGUUCGCCGAGCGCCACCACCCCGCCGAACAUGAACAGCUGCUCCUCGGUGACCCCGCCGCCACUUUCCGCGCAGCCGAACUCCAGCCAGAACGAGCUGAACGGCGAGCCCAUGCCGCUGCACCAACAGCAACAACAACAGACUCACCAACAUCAGCAGCAGCAAACUCACCAACACCACCCGAUGGCGCCACCAACACCCACACAGCAACAACAGCAGCUUCCGCAGUCCAUGCAGUCGCCGUCAGAUGGCGCCAACGACACACUCCACAGCAUCGCAGCGCUGCGGCGGCGGGCGUCGGAACUAAACGCGAUUCCCUCCUACCUACAGAUGGCGCCACACAACUACGAACACUACAAUUCGAAUUCCAAUUCGGUCUACUGAAAUUUGUUGAAGAGCUUCGAAAGCUUUUCGGAUUACGGGUGAAAAGCCGACCGUUGGGAAUUCAAAUUGCGAGGCUGCGCCAGCGAAGCGUUAUAAGAUAACCAAAACCUAGGCCCAGGCUUAGGGCAAUUGUACAAUUUAUGUGUUUGCAUUAUUUGUUUCAUGAUUUCCAGGACUAAACUUAAAAGACUAUGAUGAAUGUAAACCAUGUAUACGAGAAACGAAGCUUGCGAGAGCACUAACGAUUUAUUCGAAGCUAGGACCUAAGCCAACUAUGAAACUAUUCCCGCAUGAAUUGUAGACCUAGAUUAAAGAUUAACGUAACAUUUGCCGUGUACGACAGCUGUAUAAACUGGAUCGCCAGCGAGGAUGGAUCGAAAAGUAUCCUCGGGGCGUCACAAUAAUUUUUGGCCAGCCGAAUUGCGCGGAACUCGCGCCUAGUUCGUACUUAAGCAUAAUUACGCCUAAUUGUUUAGGAGUGUAUGUAAGUAGAUCUAUUCUCAUGUAAGUGUUGUUGUUUUUGUGUAUAGACAGUAUACUUCCGUUGCUAUCUCUCGAUCUAACCAUACGAUACAACCCAUAGCAUAUCGAAAGAGCAGCCCCGACUAUAGCAAACUGUAACUGCAAACCAGAUUAACCAAAAUCGCGGCUCAAGUCUCUCAUAACAAAACCGAAAACCGAAACCCCAAAACCGAUUCAGAGUGCACGCAUCCAAUGGAUUACUUUUACGAUUACCAAUUACAAAUUAUACAAUUACAAAUACCACUAUAUAUACAUACAUGCGUACAUGGCAUACUUGUAAUAGACUUUCUUGUAUCGUUUAAGCCUAAAUUUAAAUCCAACUAAAACAAAAAAAAAAAAACGAAACACAAUUACUCUGUAUGUAAUUAUGCGUAUUAUUAAAUAGUAAACUAAAUUAAAAGCUGAA